AUGCUCUUCACCAACCUCCUUCUCGCCACUUUGGCAACCUUGUCCGCUGCCGAAGUGGCUCUAGAGUCCUCGCCAUCUGUAGGCGUCUUCUCCUUUGCGGAAUGGAUCGAAGGAAUCAUCCAGAACCCAGACGGCGACAACCUGACGCCUGAGGAAGCCUACGCGGCGUGGGAGCUCUCCGUAAACCAAACCGAGCUAUCUGGACAUGAUGCCGUUACAUGUGCCAACUACCUCGCCGACAAGGGACGUAGAGGCAUCAACUGCCGUGCUAACACUUACACCAUCAUGUGUGAUCACCGGACCGCUAAGAUUUUCGGGGGAGCCGGCAACGGUGUGUCAGAUACUACUUCGAAUUGUAACGACGUUGCCCGUGCCGUUGGGUUUAUCCUGGAUAGAUGUUCGAGGAACGAUGGAAUGGUGCAAGGGUCUGACUUUGCCUACGGUAAUGGUAAUUUUCAGAUCCAGAUCCGCAAUGCCCAGCAUUGUGGCAGCCUUUAUAGAUGA